UCCGUCCACCCAGGUGUGCGCUGUUUACAAAGUAAACAAGGUGGUAAACAAAAGUUUGGUGGGACAAAGGUCAAAGGUUGCCGGAGACAAGAUGGCGCUGAUGUUCACAGCUACAGCGAAUAUAAAGAAGGCAGUGAGUCUGAUCAACCAGCUGGAUGCAGCCAAGUUCCCCAGGCUCCUCCAGAGGAUUCUACAGAAACUCCAUCUCAGAGAUGAUCGGUCCUUUUCUGAAGAGGAGGAGGAGAUGCUUCAGCAGGCCCUGGGGCUGCAGGGGGCCGAUCUGCAGCUGGUGUUAGAGACAACGGCCUUCGUCUUGGAACAGGCUGCCUACCACAGUGCCAAACCAGCUGUGUUAGAAGAACAACUGAAGAACAUCCAGCUGGAAGAAGAAAAGAUAUCUGUGUUUGUGAAGGCAUGGUCAGCCAACGGCAAGGAGGUGAUCCUGAAGCUGAGAAAGAGAACUCUGGCACCUGACCAGUUAGAGUCAGUGAACUGGAGGUUGAACCUACAGUUGGCCCAGGCCUCACAGACUAAGAUGAAGCUGCCCAAUGCCAUGUUUGAACUGGGAGUCAGACAUGAUGACGACACAAGAGAAAAAGUGAGGAUGGAGUUUACUCAUGAUGAGUUGUAUAAUUUCUACAGCCAGUUGGAGACAAUACAAGAACAGUUGGACUCUCUUGGCUCCUGAUCCUCAGUGUUUUUUUUACAUGGUUCCAGAUAAAACCUGUUUUAUGUAAAUUACCACAUAAAUACUCAACUAUGACUUCCAUAGUCCAUACAGAUGUUCAGGUGGACUGUAAGAUCAUGAAUAACAAUGAUAAUGAUAUUAUUGAAUAUUGAUAUAUGAUUUAGUAUGAUGUCAGUUAUUGUGUUGAAAUACAAACACACCAAUGUCCCUGUACUCAUAUGUUGUAGUGGUGUGUACCUAUGCUCAAAAGUUUGUCACAGUACAAACCUGUUUGAAAACAGACAAAUCAGGUACAAGAUGUGGAUUUCUUCCUGUCACCGACCAGCAGACUUAAAAUACUAUAUGUUAAGACAAAGCAGGGACCAUAAUUUUCAUAAUCUUAAAUAUCUUUAUGAUUUGAAAAUUGUUUUGAUGAUCCACUGUAUAAUGUGUAUUAUUAUACACUUCAAUUUCUACAACAAAAGGUAUUGACUUCUCAAUGUGACCACGCUUUUCUUCACACAUGAAGCAGUCUUAACCAGACAACUACAUUGUAGAAGUUCCAGAAUGUAACUUUUUAUUCUUCAAUCAAAUGUGGUUUCAAAAGUGCUACUGAAUGUACAAAAAAGCCCCCAUUCCUAUUGUACUCCAUUGUUAUUAUUGUUACCAUCUAACUCUAAGGCACUCAGAGAACUCAAGUUUCCAUCAGGUCAGCACCGUCAUGAUAAUCUUGUAGUCCACUGUUGCAAUCACAGCUGCCAUGGUAGUUUCACAUCUUGCAAUGAUUUAUUAUUCCUGUAAGAACAAACUGAAUGUUCUAUCCCCAGUCUUACAUCCACUAAUUCUAAAAAGGUUUGGGCUUUCUUCUCACACACAAAGCAUACAUGUAAAAGCUCUAUUUUUUCCUUCACUUGUUUCAGUAAAGAUCACAUUCAUGGCUAUCUGCCCAAACCACCUACUCCAUUUUAUACUCAUUCUAAUGAAGUUCUGGCACAAUUAAACAGGUCUUGUUUCCUCACCACUAAA